CCCAGUACAUCCGUCCAAGUUAUAAAACGAAUCGUGAUGGGCAUAUGUAGACCGCAAGACAAAAUAGCGCCAACAGUCCCACCCGGUAUAGACAGGGGUACAAUGUGCCAUGAAGUUCCAAGCCAGAUACAAACACCUCCCCUUCAGGAAGAGAGGUCGGACGACAAUGGAAAGAAAGGUCAAAGAAUGGUGCUUGGGGAAUCGCUAUGCAGGGGGAUUGCGGGCGAUAUACCCAACUGCUCAGUAAUAAGCAAACCAGGAGCUAACCUGAAGCGAAUGCAAAAAAUAAUAACCAAUUUAAAUGUAAAGACUUAUCACUCUAUUGUGUUACAUGUAGGGACAAAUGACAUUUCUUCCUUUAAUCCACAUCGAUUUCUCUCUGAAUAUAUGACACUAAUUAAAUACUUAAAAUCGAUGAACCCUGAUGCCGUUAUAAUGUGUUGUGACAUUAUUCCACGCAUCAGGGAUUUCAGCACAACACAGAGGGUUGUAAUCCAUGCGAACAAUAUCAUAAGGCAUGUGUGCACUGUUCUCAGAUGUAAAAAUGUGCGAACAUCCAAAAGAUUUUUAUAUUUGGGAACAGGUGGACCAAGGCACUAUCUAUAUUGUUCGGACGGAUUACACCUGAAUGAUAAAGGGAAGUAUCAGCUGAAAAGGUCAUUUGCCCAAGCCCUAUCACAUGCCCAUCAGUAAAGAUUUGCUUUUGUCGUAGUCAUCCCAUUUAGAACUGUUUAAAAGAAUGAAUAUAUUCACUAGUUUAUAAGAAAUUUGAAAAAUAGUUUUCUGCUGAUAUUUCCAUUUAUUUCUUUAUUUAUUUUAGCUUAUGUCGUAAUUUAUAGGAUUUUUAUGCUUUUCA